UAUUUGUGUGCACUUAGUGGAUCUGUAAGUUAUCUCGUGGAUUUAGGAGUGAGAAUAGGCUAGGUUUAGAUUCAGAACAUUAGAUAGAAUAUUGAGAAGUUUAAAGGUGAAGACAAUGGCGAUGUUAAUUGAAAUGUACGAGCAACAAUAUGGAGUAUUAACGGCUGAUAUUACAUCAAGAAUCGGAAAAUUACCAUCUGUUUCUGGAAGUGAGAGGAGGACUUUGAUAACCGAGCUGGACAGACAUCUGGAGGAAUGCAAUGAGCUACUGGAACAGAUGGAGCUAGAAGUGCGAGAGAUGAAAGCGACGGAGCAGCCGAGGUUACGCACAAGACUGGAGAGUUACCGGGUGGAAUUAGGUCGUCUGCAGCAGGAGUUCAAACGUGCUCGGUCAGUCACCAGUCAAGAGAGUUACCACGAGUCAUCGGAGCACUUCUCGCCUGGCCUGAGCCUCAAUGAGGAGCAGAAACAACGACUAUUGGACAACUCGGAGCGGUUGGAACGUACCGGCAACCAUCUUACCUCCGGAUAUCAGAUCCUGCUGGAGACGGAGGAGAUCGGCUCCCAGGUUCUGCGGGAUCUUAGCCAGCAGCGAGAGACCAUACAGAAAUCUCGAAGCAGGCUGCGGGAGACUGACGCUGAGCUCGGCCGCAGUUCACGCCUGGUGCAGGCAAUGAUCGCUCGCUCCCUCCAACACCGCUUCGUCUUAUUGCUGGUCGGCAUCGGGUUCUGUCUCGUAGUCGCCGUCAGCAUCUACAUCUCCGCCACCAGGGACAGAUAGACAGCCUACUCACUCCACUCCAACUGUGUCCUGUAUUGUUUGCUUCGUUUCAUUCCCGGGCUGGUACGAAGUAGUUUCUCCGAGAAGAUGGGAGAUCGACUGUUGAAGAAAACUGACAUUUUCAAACAUAUUGCGAUUUGUUUGUAAAUCACUAUUAGACUUGAUAUAUGAAAUAAUGUACAAUAAAGAUUUGUCUCUAUGUUCGGAUAAUACUCCAUUGUACAUCUAUUUAAGUUAAUUCCGAGUGAAUUGUACAUAAUGCAUAUGCUUAGUCAAGUCUUAAUCUAGCAAUAGUUUUAUAAGUCUUUGAGCACCAAACGAGUAUUUUACUUUUAUCCCAAAUCGUACCUCGUUAUUACAUAAAAGUGUCACUGUUGUUUCGGUUAAUAAACUAAUUUUUAGAUAUAGUUUACAUUGAAUUUUAACAAAUUAUGAGUUAUAAAUUCAAUUUGUUAUCUAAAUCUCAAUUCAUAGAAUGUAAUUUUUUGUCACAUUUUAAAUAUUUGUUACACAGUCAUGUCAUAUUUCAAUUAAGUUAUUUCAUUAACAGUAUAUCAUAAUGAACAAAUAUACCACCAAAGUAAAUGUCAACAUUCCUCCAGGUUUGCCUGUAAGUAAGCAGGCAGGCCCCUCUGUGUGUAUUAUAGCACAGGCUGUGAUUGUUAUUGCUAAGCUUGUAUUGUAGUCGUGAUUGGUUUAUUUUAAAUGUAAAUAUAUAGCUAACAGCCAUGGUUUGUCAUAUUUUACCGUUUUGGUAUAUUUUGUUAUUGUUUGUAUGUUUUAAGUUUACAAUGCUAUUAAAUUAUUUGUUGGUUUAA